GGCUCGGCUCGGACACGGCCGCGUCUCCAUCUCCCAUCCCUCUGAAGAAGAAGAAGAAGAGGAGCCAGCCGCCGAGCGCGAGAUAUGGGGUUCGUCUCCUUCGCCGGGAGGGUCCUCUUCGCCUCCGUCUUCCUCCUCUCCGCCUACCAGGAGUUUAGUGAAUUUGGAGCUGAUGGUGGACCGGCUGCAAAGGCCCUCCGUCCUAAAUUUAACAUCUUCACCAAAAAUAUUUCUGCACAUUUAGGAGUAGCAGUGCCUCAUGUCGAGUUGAAGCAUGUUGUUGUUGCUACCAUUGGUCUGAAGGGUCUGGGAGGUCUACUUUUUAUCCUGAGCAGUUCAUUCGGUGCUUAUCUCCUGCUUCUAUACCUUGCUUUUAUCACCCCUGUUGUCUACGACUUCUACAACUACGACAUGGAGAAGUCUGAAUUUGUUCAGCUCUUCAUUAAAUUCACGCAGAAUCUGGCUCUCUUUGGGGCACUUCUCUUCUUCCUGGGCAUGAAGAACUCCAUUCCCAAGCGACAGGCCAAGAAGAAGGCUCCCAAGUCGAAGACAACCUAGGGCGUUUUAGAUAGCCAUGGCCUCCGGCGGUGUUUGGAGACAGUUUAUUUUGGAGUACAAGCUACAGUAUCAGCUAUGCUGCCCUUAGAUGUAUCGGAUUCUUUUUUGAAGGGCACAACCCUAAUGAGGUGUGAGUGGAGGGUUAGGGGACUAGAUUGUAUCAUUAUAUGUACUUGUGAUUUGUUUGUUGAACUAGGCUUCCCAGGAUUAAGAUUACUCAUUUGAUUAUUUUGCAAU